GUACAUACGAGCCUUGUCCAUACAGUAAGACAAAAUUGAUUAGUUUCUGCAUACUAUCGCCUCCACUUCUACGUCGAAGUUUCCUUACACAUCGCAUGAAUUCCAGUUAUGGUAAAAGCAAAGAAAACGAAAAAGCCAACGUCGGCGUUCAAUACUCAAGCAUUACCCUUCAAUACCGACAAAGGGCAGCAUAUUUUGAAAAAUCCCGGAAUUGUUAACUCCAUCAUUGAAAAGUCCGCGCUAAAAUCUACCGACACUGUACUUGAAGUAGGCCCCGGCACUGGUAAUCUCACAGUAAAAAUGCUCGAAUGUACUAAGAGAGUUAUCGCCUGUGAGAUUGACCCACGGAUGAUCGCCGAAUUGAAGAAGCGUGUCAUGGCAACUCCAGUGCAAAAUAAACUGGAGGUUCGUGCGGGAGAUGUCAUGAAGAAUGAAUGGCCAUUUUUUGAUGUUUGCGUAGCUAAUCUACCAUAUCAAAUCUCGUCUCCGUUCGUUUUCAAACUGCUGCUGCAAAGACCGCUUCCCAGAUAUGCUGUACUAAUGUUUCAAAAAGAGUUUGCUGACCGAUUGGUGGCAAAGCCUGGCGACAAAGACUACUGCCGACUAUCCGUCAACGUACAGCUUCUCGCCAAGGUUGAACAUCUCAUGAAAAUUAAAAGGACUGAAUUUCGACCUCCACCAAAAGUUGAUUCUGCUGUCGUACGGAUUGCUCCAAAGAAUCCUCCCCCACCGAUCAAUUUCGAUGAAUGGGAAGGGAUGUUACGAUUGUGUUUCUUGAGAAAGAACAAGACGUUGCUUUCCAUCUUCAAGCAAAACAACGUCGCUGAAUUGAUUGAGAAGAAUUAUCAAAAACUGUGCAGUUUGCUGAACAGGCCAGUUCCAAAAGAUCUCGAUAUGAAGAAAAUGAUAGAAAGCACGUUAACGGAAGCCGGUUUUGCUGACAAGAGAGCACGGAAGAUGAGUAUUGAACAGUUUUUAGCUCUUCUUCUUGCUUUCAACAAAGCUGGGAUCCACUUCCAUUCGUAGGAGGAAACGAUGAGCGUAUUUGAUCCCAAGUUCUGAUAGCUAGAUGGAUUUUUUUUUUCACAAGGGCAUGCUCGCUUACUUAUGUCUGCUUGUCAGAUGCACAAUUCCAGCUAGGCCCACCAAUGUGAUAAGAUUCAUGUAACGAAGGCACUCAAUUUACGAGCUUCUAGAAUCUAAAAACUUUGUUUUGUUAUUGUUGUAUUGUUGCUGAGUUUUGCUUGUUAUACAAUCCAUUGUUAUUUUUAUGUAC